AUGCACGGGGGAAGGAGAGGACUGGUGGCGCCGCAGAACACUUUUUUGGAGAACAUCGUCCGACGCUCGAGCGAGACCAGUUUUCUCUUGGGUAAUGCUCAGAUCGUCGAGUGGCCUAUAGUGUACAGUAAUGACGGAUUCUGCAAGCUUUCUGGCUACCACAGGGCUGAGGUCAUGCAGAAGAGCAGUACUUGCAGUUUUAUGUACGGUGAACUGACAGACAAGAAGACAAUAGACAAAGUCAGGCAGACUUUUGACAACUAUGAGUCCAAUUGCUUUGAAGUUCUGCUCUAUAAGAAGAACAGGAGCCCAGUAUGGCUAUACAUGCAAGUGGCCCCGAUCAGGAAUGAAAAUGAUAAAGUGGUUCUGUUCCUCUGCACCUUCAAGGACAUAACCGUCUUCAAACAACCCAUCGAGGAUGAGACCACCAAAGGAUGGACCAAAUUUGCAAGACUGACCAGAGCGCUGACCAACAGCCGAGGCACACUCCAACAACUUACACCGUUAAACAAAACUGAAGUGAGCCACAAGCACUCACGACUGGCUGAGGCUCUGCAGUUAGGCUCAGACAUCCUCCCGCAAUACAAACAGGAGGCUCCUAAAACUCCUCCUCAUAUCAUCCUGCACUACUGCACCUUCAAAACCACCUGGGACUGGGUCAUCCUCAUCCUCACCUUCUAUACUGCCAUCAUGGUGCCCUAUAACGUCUCCUUCAAGACCAAACAGAACAACCUGGCCUGGCUGGUGGUGGACAGUGUGGUAGAUGUCAUCUUCCUGGUGGACAUUGUGCUUAAUUUUCACACCACAUUUGUGGGGCCUGGUGGAGAGGUCAUAUCAGAUCCUAAACUCAUACGCAUGAAUUACCUGAAAACCUGGUUUGUCAUAGACCUGCUUUCCUGCCUGCCGUAUGACAUCAUCAACGCUUUUGAGAAUGUGGAUGAGGACUCCAUCUCUGACUCCUCUGCAGUGGGCCACAUACCAGCGGCACGAAACGGCACACGCACCGAAGACUCUGUGCUGCCGGGUCUCAGCAGCCUUUUCAGCUCACUUAAAGUGAUACGUCUGCUGCGUUUGGGCCGUGUGGCUCGUAAACUGGACCACUAUCUGGAGUAUGGCGCUGCUGUUCUGGUUCUCCUUGUCUGCGUCUUUGGCCUGGUGGCUCAUUGGUUGGCCUGUAUCUGGUACAGCAUUGGUGAUUACGAGGUCAUUGAUGAAGUCACCAACACCAUUAAGACAGACAGCUGGCUCUAUCAGCUAGCAGUCAGUAUCGGCACACCUUAUCGGUACAAUACCAGCGGAUCAGGCCAGUGGGAGGGAGGACCCAGUAAGGACACCCUUUACAUAUCAUCACUCUACUUCACAAUGACCAGUCUGACAACCAUUGGCUUUGGUAACAUCGCGCCUACCACAGAUGGCGAGAAAAUCUUCUCUGUGGCCAUGAUGAUGGUGGGCUCUCUCCUGUAUGCCACCAUCUUUGGAAACGUGACCACCAUCUUCCAGCAGAUGUAUACCAAUACCAACCGCUAUCAUGAAAUGCUGAACAAUGUACGGGACUUUCUGAAGCUCUAUCAGGUGCCAAAAGGCCUGAGUGAAAGAGUAAUGGACUACAUUGUCUCCACAUGGGCCAUGUCAAAAGGCAUUGAUACAGAGAAGGUGCUGUCCAUCUGCCCCAAAGACAUGCGGGCAGACAUUUGCGUCCACCUGAACCGGCAGGUGUUUAAUGAGCAUCCUGCCUUCCGACUGGCAAGUGACGGCUGUCUACGCUCCUUGGCUGUGGAGUUUCAGACAACACACUGCGCGCCAGGAGACCUCAUCUUCCAUGCUGGAGAAAGUGUUGACACGCUAUGCUUUGUGGUGUCUGGCUCACUUGAGGUCAUUCAGGAUGAUGAAGUUAUUGCCAUCCUAGGUAAGGGUGAUGUGUUUGGUGAUGUUUUCUGGAAAGAGACCACGCUUGCUCAUGCAUGUGCCAAUGUGCGGGCGCUGACUUAUUGUGACCUGCAUGUGAUCAAGAGAGAGGCCCUGCUCAAGGUGUUGGAAUUCUACACAGCUUUCGCCAACUCCUUCUCGCGUAACCUCAUCCUCACCUGCAACCUCCGGAAGCGGAUUGUCUUCCGUAAAAUCGCAGAUGUGAAGAAGGAGGAGGAGGAGAGAAGGCACCAGAAAAAUGAGGUGACACUCUCCAUUCCUGUGGACCAUCCAGUCCGUAAACUCUUCCAGAAGUUUAAACAGCAGAAAGAGAUGAGAGCACAGGGGUCCUUGCUGCCAGACCUAGAGAGGAACCAGGUCCAUAUGGAGCACCAGCUUCAUCCAUUGUCCCACCACCAUCAGCAUCACCAUUAUCCUCAGACCCAAUACCAGGCGCACCACUCACUCCAUCAUCACCAUGGACCCUCUAUGCAAAAUGGGGCUCCUGGUUUGGGUGGAGGGAGUAGUAAUGGUGGCUCCACAGUUGUGACUGUUUCACAGAUAACCCCAGUUCAAAGCUCCCUGGCAUAUGUUCAAACAGAGGACUCCAGUGGGAUGGCCUGUCAUGAGGCCAUGGAGCUUAAGCCCAGCCUUAGUGUGGUUGACCAGAACUGUCGAAAGUUCACCAGUCCUAUCCGACCAAGGGGUGGUGGUGGUAACGGUGGACGGGGAUGGAUGCGUCUCAGGAACACAGCAAAUGGAUCCUCAGUCACACCGCCAUCUAAUGCAGAUUGGCCACAGAAGGAGGAGGAAUGGGGAGAUGUUGCACAGCCCCUGAGACUGCUCCCAAAAGAUGCCAAAACCCAGGCAGCUGAGGGGAAAGGAUCCAUUACAGUCAGUUCAGACAGAAAUGGGAGUGACAGUGGAAAUGGUGGCACUGAAGGAGCAGAUGAUAAGAGUGCAUUACACAAGACUGACUCUUGUGACAGCGGUAUCACCAAAAGUGACUUACGCAUUGACAGGAUAGGUGACACUCGUAGCCCCAUGGAGCGGAGCCCAUUUGAACAUCCUAGCCCUGGAAUAGGAGUCUUGACCACAAGAGGUCUUUCUUUCCUACCUGUGCCUGAGCAGGCUCUGCUUCAAAGCACCUUGCAGGAGGCUAAGAUGGAACUUAAGGGAGACAUCCAGACCCUGAGUGGUCGUCUGUCUGUCCUGGAGGCCCAGGUGGGAGAGAUUUUAAGACUGCUCUCAGAGCAGAGGAGAUCAAACCCACCACAGACUUUAACACCCAAAACCAAACUCAAAUGUCAGGACAUUUUCACUGUCUCAAGACCUGUUACUCCUGAGGCAGACAGAGAUGGUGGACCUUUUUGA